UUAUCAGUGACACAGACUACGCAUGUACCUGCCGUCGGUCCAGAAUGACUGUGCGUUCACCCUUUGCACCUUGAAAGUUUCCAGUUUUCCCCGGACCUCUGCUGUCACAAACAUGCUCUCUCUGUCGCUGCGGCAGACACGGAGGCCGCUCUUCCUCAGAGUCUCGGGUUGUUUGGGGAGAGAGGGGCAGGUCGCCUCAGAGCCAUGCAGGCUGACACACGGCGGCGGAUGGACGGGGCAGGAAAGUUUGGCCCAAGACGACCCAGAGAUGUGGAGUCUCCUGCAGCAGGAGAAGGACAGGCAGUGUCGGGGACUGGAGCUCAUCGCGUCAGAGAAUUUCUGCAGCCGUGCAGCCCUGGAGGCACAAGGUUCCUGUCUGAACAAUAAAUACUCCGAGGGAUACCCUGGGCAACGGUACUACGGCGGCGCAGAGAUUGUUGACCAGAUUGAGCUGCUGUGCCAGAGACGAGCGCUCGCCGCCUUCGGUCUGGAUCCAAACCUGUGGGGCGUCAACGUCCAGCCCUACUCGGGGUCCCCAGCCAACUUUGCAGCCUACACCUCUGUGCUGAAGCCUCAUGACCGAAUGAUGGGCCUGGACCUGCCGGACGGUGGACACUUGACCCACGGCUACAUGACCGACAGCAAGAGAAUCUCUGCCACGUCCAUCUACUUCGAAUCCAUGCCUUACAAGCUGAAUCCUCAAACGGGUCUGAUUGAUUAUGACCAGCUGGAGAAGACAGCCCGCCUCUUCAGACCCAAGCUCAUCAUCGCUGGAACCAGCGCCUACGCUCGCCUUAUCGACUACGCUCGCAUGAAGAAGCUGUGUGAGGAGCUGAACGCCUACCUGCUGGCUGACAUGGCUCAUAUCAGCGGCCUGGUGGCGGCUGGCGCCGUUCCUUCUCCCUUUAAAUACGCUGACCUGGUCACAACCACUACCCACAAGUCCCUGAGAGGAGCGAGGGCUGGUAUGAUCUUCUUUCGGAAAGGCGUGCGGUCGGUGGACGCCAAAGGUCGGGAGACGCCCUAUGACCUCCAGGACAGGGUGAACUUUGCAGUGUUCCCGUCACUUCAAGGAGGACCGCACAACCACGCCAUAGCCGGGGUGGCUGUGGCCCUCAGACAGGCUUCCAGUCCCAUGUUCAAACAGUACGUCGCUCAGGUCCUUCUGAAUGCCAAAGCCAUGGCCGGCGCUCUGCUGCAGAAAGGCUACACCCUGGUGUCAGGCGGAACCGACAACCACCUGGUAUUGGUUGACCUUCGACCUCACGGGAUAGACGGAGCCCGAGCAGAAAGGGUCCUAGAGCUGGUGUCCAUCACAGCCAACAAAAACACCUGUCCGGGGGACAGGAGCGCCCUCACUCCAGGAGGACUCAGACUCGGAGCUCCAGCUCUGACUUCUCGACAGUUUAAGGAGGGAGACUUUGAGAAGGUUGUGGAUUUCAUAGAUGAAGGGAUUCAGAUCGCUCUGAGUGUGAAGCAGAAAACUGGAAACUUGGCCAGCUUUAAGUCUUUCCUGCUGAAGGACCCUGACACAGUAAAGCUCAUUGCAGAGCUCCGCCAUCGGGUGGAGCUAUUUGCCAGACCCUUCCCCAUGCCAGGAUUCACAGAUCACUAAAAGAGGAAGCGGGCUUCUCUCCAGCGACAUCACCUUCUGUCAACUUCCUGUGGAACUGUAAGGUGCAAAUGUCACCAUUAUAUUUGGAUCACGCUGCACUGUUGGGUCAGUUUUCUGCUGAAAAUGUAAACACAAUCUUUUUAAUGACAGAGUUUCAUCUGAGGCCGUGGUAAAUAAUGACUGGUGUACAAAACGAUGCAUUGAAUAUUGAUGUACAGCUGUGAAGAAAAACAUUUCAGUAUAAUUGUUUAUCAGUCAGACAUAAAUAAAGCAAGAAAUCAAGUUUGCACAAUGCUGCUUUUUGACGUAUUUUCUUAAGAUAUUCUGACGACCAAAUUAAAUAAGAAAUGAAUGCUUUUAUAUUACAUUUUGUUGUAUUGGAUUCAAUAGAAACAGCUUGAAGGAGCUAGCUUCUGUCUUUCUAGACAGUAGGUUGUGUCAACAUUUUGUGUUAUUUGUUUUCGUCUGGCUUGAUUUUGUGAGUAACAUAGUAAUUCCAGGCUUAAUUGUUACUAAGCGACGUCUGAAGGAAAUUAUGUGUAAUUGCGAAACGAAAAUAAACAAGGGUAAAUGUGGAUUUCUGGGUUAGAUACGAGGAUAAUAGUUUGUAAUUUAAGAAGGGAGGGGCUUCUGUGGCUUAUAAACAAUGAUCUGAAUGUAACAGCUGGCAUUUCCUGCCGUCAUUUCCUCCUGGUGUUCAGAGAAUAUAGUAAAAAAAAAAUUUAAAAAAAGGUGAUUUCUGAACAGGAUGAGAAAUGUGUCAGAAAGGUUGGAGUCACAGAUUCAGAAAGUUUUUAUUAACCUUUUUAUCUACCUUGUAUAUGUCCGUUUUGUUCAGUGUGUCUUUUUCAAAUCAAAGGAAGUGUCCACCACAAAUUUUCAAUAUGGAUUUUACAACAUAUUUAGACAUAAAUAUAUAUAUAAAGAAAACAUUUUGCCAGAUAAGGUAAUAAAGAAAGUAAUAAUAAUGAAGGAUAUUUAGAGUUGCUUUGUUUUAAUCACAAGUUGUGGAUGUAUCAAAAAUGAAAAAAGCUAAAAGAAAAAUAAUUAAAAAACAAGCCUAGAGGCUAAAAUGCAAUUUCCCCAAAUCUCAGAUUCCUUUGUCAUAACUGUGGGAGGAUAUGAUGGUGUAAUUAAAACCAGAAUCUUUUGGUAACUAUGACAACAUGUUACUCUAGCUGUCCCAUCCGUAGUUAAAAACGGUGGAGGUUGCAUCAUGCUGUGGGAUUGCUUUGCAGCAAGGAGAACAAUGAAAACCAAGGAGCUGACUGUGUUAUUGUAUCAAACUAUGUCUGAGUCUUUAAGCACAAAGGAGACCAAAGUCACACAACAAAGUCAAUUUUAAAGAGCAGGAACAAAAAUGCAACCUUACUGCAGUCAGACUUCACCUGAUCCUCACUCACAGCCUUUUGGGAAGCAGAAAUCUGUUAUUUGAACAAACACAAACUCUAAAGAGCCUCUGGGCAAAGGAGUGAUGGUGUCAGACAGUUGCUGAACAAACUUCUCAAGAUGAAAGAAACCAUUUUUAAUUUUUUUUGUGUGUUUGUUCAAAAUACCUUUAUGUUUUAGUUUGUGACUUAUCUGGUUCAUCAAGAAGUGCCAACAUUCAGACUUCAUAAAUGUCCCAAUUUGGAAAAUUUUGAAUAAAAAAUAUGAGGUCAAAUGCUUCGCUAUGAACAGAAACAGUCCAAGACUUUCUGUGACAAAGAACAUUGAUGCUUAUUUUAUGUUCUACUCAUAAUGCUAUCAAUCAUUUGUAGAUUAAACAGACUGUUGUAAAAAUGAGAAGAUGGGAGUCCUAAACUUUCAAAAGUUUCCACUGAUCCUCAGAUCUUUAUUCUCUCUGACACAUAACAUGCUCUAAUUUUAUCCCCCUUUUGAUAAAAUUAAGAAUUUUAUUUCACACACAAAGAGUUUGACAAAGUGGCACAAAUCCAGCCGAGAACAUGAACUUCUGAUGUUGAAUAUUUGAACACUCGUUCAGCAAGAGACAGAAAAGACUUUUGUUCUGAGUCGGACGUCUUCAACUUGCUUCUUUGUUUGUUCUCCAGUAUGUUUUUUUUUUCCAGCUGAAGAUUUUUGCCAGAGGAAUGUGUAUUGUCUCCAGAGACUUAUGGCUGAACUCGGGGUCGGCGAGGUUGGGUUGAGUUCUCAGCUGUGUCGUCAGAAAACCUCCAAACACUCUGACCGUCGCACAGGCAGCCUCACAGCACAAAUAAAUGAUGACCCGCCUCGUCUCGCUGAAUUUUUUCUCAUGACCUGACAACUCGUCUUUGUGAGAUUUUGAAUGCAUUUAAAAAGUCAGGGAAACCAUGUGUUUGCUCGAUUCAAGGUAUUAAACUUGCUAUUACUGACACAGUGUUUGUUGUGAUGUGAUGCGGUUUUACUGUUGUUCAUAGUCUAAAGUUGAGUUUUAUGUCAUGUGAUAAUGUUAUUCCCUCAUCAAAAAUACAUCUGGAGAGUUUUUUUUGUCAUGCGUGUUUGAGAAAUCCCUGAAUCUCACGUGGCAACCACUCAUUGGUUGCCACUCAAGCUCCCGUCCCACAGACCAUCCUUCCCCUGUACCUCCCCCAUUCAUCUCCUUAAGACUAGCGGCAGCAGCAAUUAGCAAACACCUGGUGGAACUGAGUUCAUCAUAGGAACUACUUAUCAGUGCGAGAAAGGUUGUUAACUGCAUAUUGAGUGUCAGGACCAGCAGAAGCUUCUUAAAGAGACAGAAGCCCAAUUUCAAGGUGUUAAAUUACAAGAUCAAAUUUCUUUUAAGUCAUCUUUGAUAUAUACAACUUUUUUUAUAUAACAACUCAAUGUAACAUAGAUAUUGGAUCAUGCUAUAAGAUGACACUAUAUGCCUGGAAAAUACAUAAUACUGUUGCUUU